ACGACAUUCCAAAGUCACAGUACUAUCGAGCAGAAAGCCAAGUGACAACAUCCAAGCGGGUGCCAUAUUAAGUAGUUUAGAAGUUAAGAAGUGAGUGUUCUCUAAGUCAAGCAUGAAGCUGUACGUCGCAGUUCUGGUUCUGGCCGCGGUGGCCCAUGCAGCUCCCCAAGGUCAAAGCGAUGCCGAUACUCCAAUUCUGAGCCAGUCAUCGGAUAUCCAACCGGAUGGAUCCUUCAGCUAUGCCUUCGAAACCGGCAACGGAAUCAAGGUUGAGGACCAAGGUACCAUCAAGCGGGUACGCGUGCCCAAGACCGACGAAACCGGUCGCACGAUCGGUGAAGACGAGAUCCCCGUCGCCGUCCAGACCGGAUCGUUCCAGUACAUGGCUCCGGAUGGACAGAUCUACACGCUGCGGUACAUCGCCGACGAGAACGGAUUCCAACCGCAGGCGGAUCAUCUUCCCGUAGCGCCUCUUGCCUAGUGAGAUAUUCAGCUCAACGCAACGCAACGCAGUACCAAAACCAACAAAACCACGAUUGACAGGCGGUGGUGAUUACCGACACAGCACUGACAAAUAAAUCUAUUUUUUAAACAUUUCAA